UAAAUUUACUCUUGAUGUCUUUAAAUGUUAACCUUGAAAAGCUAACCUUGAUUUGAAUAUCGUAAAUAAAUUCCGGCUUUACUUGCAGACGAAAACCAGUUCAAAACUUCACUCGCAGUUUCAGACAAUUUGACGUAACAAAACCAAAAAUCAAACCGCAAAUCUACAGUGUUCUUCUAAUCGUGACUGCGAUCGCUCCUGAAGACAAAACGUAUAAAACCGAUCUAUUAAUACCGCAAUAAAAUAAAAUGAAGUUGACUUGAAUUAAACAUAGAAUUAUCAGACACUAAAUUUUAUCCAUUAAUAAUGGGCAUAUCAAUCUCCAAAGUGGCACUCACAGCCUUUGAACUGGCAAACGAAUUCUACAUUGCUCUUGGUUCAGGCUUCUGGGGCAUUGCAGUGCUGAUAAAUCAUGGAUUACAAAAUCAAAGAUAUGGAGGCACAUUUUGUCUGUCCACCAUUACAGCAGUAUGCUUGAUUUAUUUAAUGAACAGUGAAACCAUCAUGGAAGCUAGCAAGAGAAAAAUCAUUGUCAUCAGUGGUUGUGAUUCUGGUUUAGGAUUCUCAAUGGCUUUGCAUUUGUGUGACAGAGGUUUCAUGGUGCUGGCUGGUUGCUUAGACAUGAAAUCUGAUGGUGCAAAAAAGUUGAGGUCUGCAGGUGUGAGGAGUUUUGAUUUGAAUGUUACUAGUGUGGAGAGUGUAAGUAAUGCUGUGAAGUAUGUUUCUAAAGUGAUUGAAGAAAAUUCUGGAAAUGAAUUAUGGGCUGUUAUAAACAACGCCGGAGUGAUGGUUUUCGCAGAGUUUGAGUGGCAAACAGAUAAAUUAAUGUCUGAUCAAAUCACAGUGAAUCUCAUGGGGAAUAUGAGAAUGACGAAAGGAUUCGCGCCCAUGUUGCGCCAGUAUCGUGCACGGUUAAUCAACGUAUCUAGUCAUUGUGCAUUGGAGAGUCUUCCAGGGUUGUCUGUUUAUGGUGCAAGUAAAGCAGCCAUUAAAGGUUUAACUGAUUCUCUUCGUGUGGAGCUCGGUAAAUACGGUGUGACUGUUAUAAGUUUCAUCCCUGGCUCCUUCCCAACACAGAGCAACAUCCUUGCAAGGCAAAUGGACUACGUUUACGAAAUGCGCUCGGCAUUCACAAAAGAACAAGAAGAAUUCUACGGAGAUUACUUUCAGCGAUACAACGCAUACCUAGGCUCCAUUGCAAAUCCUAAUCCUGCCCGUAAACUUAAUUAUCCUGAUUUAUAUCUACAAUUGGAGCACGCGCUGCUCGCUAAACGACCGAAGUAUCGCUACAAAGUCGAACCGCUACGUUAUUGCAUCUAUCACGCGUUGUUUAGGUAUAGCCCGUUAUGUCUACGCGAUUAUUUCGUCGAGAUGUUUGUCCGAAUGCCGCGUUAUGAUCCACCGAAUCAAGAAAGCAUUCUUACACUCAAUACGGUUAUGUCUAUGCGUUCAAACUAUGACCAAUCAACAGUCAGUGAUGGAUGGACUGAUUCACAAUAUUCAAAGUAUAGGAGAGAAGAUGACACGUUCAGGUUUGAUUUAAAAGAAUCCCAAGAGUUGUUGGAUGAUGCAGCUGCGGUUGGCAAGAGGCUAACAAGCGUAGAUUUGCGGCAAGCGCCACAUCAUCGUGAGACGUCCGUAAGUUCAUCACAAGCUUACUUGUAAUCUGUUUUUAAAUUUUCAACGUUACUGUGUGCCAUGAAUCUUUUAUAAAAUCUAUUUUUUGACUUAAUUAGAAUACAUUAGAACAUAAAUUGCG